AUGCGACUCUCUUCUCGCCCGAGGGAAUUCCACUCUAUCUAUCUAUCUAUCUAUCUAUCUAUCUAUCUAUCUAUCUAUCUAUCACUGCCUGUUUGUAUCUAUCUAUCUAUCUAUCUAUCUAUCUAUCUAUCUAUCUAUCACUUACUGUACGUAUCUAUGUAUUUAUCUAUCAUUAUCUGUUCGUAUCUAUCUAUCUAUCUAUCUAUCUAUCUAUCUAUCACUCCCUGUUUGUAUGCAUCUAUCUAUCUAUCUAUCUAUCUAUCUAUCUAUCUAUCUAUCUAUCACUGCCUGUUUGUAUCUAUCUAUCUAUCUAUCUAUCUAUCUAUCUAUCUAUCUAUCACUUACUGUACGUAUCUAUGUAUUUAUCUAUCAUUAUCUGUUCGUAUCUAUCUAUCUAUCUAUCACUCCCCUGUUCUAUCUAUCUAUCUAUCUAUCUAUAUCUAUCUAUCACUGCCUGUUUGUAUCUAUCUAUCUAUCUAUCUAUCUAUCUAUCUGUCUAUCUAUUUAUCUACUGUACUUAUCUAUGUAUUUAUCUAUCAUUAUCUGUUCGUAUCUAUCUAUCUAUCUAUCUAUCUAUCACUACCUGUUUUUCUAUCUAUAUCUAUGUAUCUAUUUAUCUAUCUAUCUAUCUAUCUAUCUAUCUAUCUAUCUAUCUAUCUAUCACUUACUGUACGUAUCUAUGUAUCUAUCUAUCAUUAUCCGUUCGUAUCUAUCUAUCUAUCUAUCUAUCUAUCUAUCUAUUUAUCACUGCCUGUUUGCAUCUAUCACUGCCUAUUCGUAUCUAUCUAUCUAUCUAUCUAUCUAUCUAUCUAUCUAUCUAUCUAUCUAUCACUUACUGUACGUAUCUAUGUAUCUAUCUAUCAUUAUCUGUUCGUAUCUGUUUAUAUCUAUCACUAUUUGUUUGUUCGCAUCUAUGCCUCAUCUAUCUAUCUAUCUAUCUAUCUAUCUAUCACUUACUGUACGUAUCUAUGUAUCUAUCUAUGUAUCACUGCCUGUUUAUGUUUAUCACUGUUUGUUCGCAUCUAUCUCUCUAUCUCUCUCUCUCUCUCUCUAUCUAUCUAUCACUUACUGUACGUAUCUAUGUAUUUAUCUAUCAUUAUCUCUAUCUAUCUAUCUAUCUAUCUAUUUAUCACUGCCUGUUUGCAUCUAUCACUGCCUAUUCGUAUCUAUCUAUCUAUCUAUCUAUCUAUCACUUACUGUACGUAUCAAUGUAUCUAUCUAUCAUUAUCUGUUCGUCUCUAUAUAUUUAUCUAUCACUUACUGUACGUAUCUAUGUAUCUAAUUAUCACUGCCUUUUUAUGUUUAUCACUACCUGUUCGCAUCUAUCUAUCUAUCUAUCUACAUCUAUCUAUCACUGCCUGUUCGUAUCUAUCUAUCUAUCUAUCUAUCUAUCUAUCUAUCUAUCUAUCUAUCUAUCUAUCACUGCCUGUUCGUAUCUAUCUAUCUAUCUAUCACUGCCUGUUCGUAUCUAUCUAUCUAUCUAUCACUGCCUGUUCGUAUCUAUCUAUCUAUCUAUCUAUCACUGCCUGUUCGUAUCUAUCUAUCUAUCUAUCUAUCUAUCUAUCUAUCUAUCUAUCUAUCUAUCUAUCUAUCACUGCCUGUUCGUAUCUAUCUAUCUAUCUAUCUAUCUAUCUAUCUAUCUAUCUAUCUAUCUAUCUAUCUAUCUAUCUAUCUAUCCUGUAUCCAUAUCUAUCCAUCUAUCUAUCUGUUCUAUCUAUCUAUCUAUCUAUUCAUCUAUCUAUCUAUCUAUCACUGCCUGUUCGUAUUCAUCUAUCUAUCUAUCUAUCAUUCAUCUAUCUAUCUAUCUAUCUAUCUAUCUAUCUAUCUAUCACUGUUCGUAUCUAUCUAUCUAUCUAUCUAUAUCUGUUCUAUCUAUCUAUCUAUCUAUCUAUCUAUCUAUCUAUCAUCUGCUAUCUGUUCGUAUCGUAUCUAUCUAUCUAUCUAUCUAUCUAUCUAUCUAUCUAUCUAUCUAUCACUGCCUGUUCGUAUCUAUCAUAUCUAUAUCUAUCUAUCUAUCUAUCUAUCUAUCUACGUCUAGAUCUACGUGAAAAAAAUGAACUUCCGUUAAUUAAUAAUAAUUGCUUCAAUAUCUAUCUAUCUAUCUAUCUAUCUAUCUAUCUAUCUAUCUAUCUAUCUAUCUAUUUACAUUAUUCGGACUAUUGUCUUCAUCUUUUUCGCCAUAUUUAUUACGACACUCCGGCCUUCUUCAGACAGAUAUCUAUCUAUCUAUCUAUCUAUCUAUCUAUCUAUCUAUCUAUCUAUCUAUCUAUCUAUUUAUUUAUUUAUCACUACCUGUUUGCAUCUAUCUAG